AUGCGGCAAACGAUGACAAAUUACUUUUGCUCUUCACCCCCUAAAAAACGAGCGAAAUCGGAGUAUCCUGCUGGUGAGGACUACCCAGACUCUGAUGAUUCCUUCAACGAUCCGGUCCUUGCUGAGCCUAGCCAAAUAACUCAGACAAUUCUACAACGUAGAGACGCGAAGCACCAGAGUUUGGGAACACAGCAUCAUCCAACACAGAAUGGAGUCACAAGGAGCGUACCUGUGCACACCUCUCCUCUUCGGGCUCCUCGUGAUGAAGGCAGAAGGAAACCAAUGCAAAGAACAGUGGCAUCGGUCACACCACGGCGUUUCAACACGCAGGUUUGGAACCUUUCUCGAAGGGACGUUGCUCACAAGACGUUUCCAGAUGUUCGAUUUCGAAAUGAAGGCCAUCGAAAGCGCAUCUUGGUCACAGGAGGUGCAGGAUUCGUUGGUUCUCACUUGGUUGAUAAGCUUAUGAUGGAUGGGCAUGAAGUGAUUGCUCUUGAUAACUAUUUUACCGGACGAAAGCGGAACGUCGAGAGGUGGAUAGGCCAUCCUAACUUUGAACUUGUACAUCAUGAUGUGUGGACCAAAUUUAUCACUUGGCAUCACCGGCCUCUCCACCUCACUUAUAUGUAUAACCCGCCACGAUAUUGCUGGCUUCGACAUCGGAGAUUUACGGUGGAUCCAGAAGUGCAUCCACAACCCGAAAGCUAUUGGGGACAUGUGAAUACGAUCGGACCACGUAGUUGCUAUGAUGAAGGAAAGAGAGUAGCGGAAUCCUUAAUGGUUGCCUACAAUAAACAGGAACGUGUCCCCAUACGGAUUGCUCGUAUUUUCAAUACAUUUGGGCCACGGAUGCAUAUGAAUGAUGGGCGAGUGGUGUCUAAUUUCAUUAUUCAAGCGUUGCAAGGAAAUCCUAUAACGAUUUAUGGUGAUGGCUCACAGACGCGAUCUUUUCAAUAUGUGGAUGAUUUAGUCGAUGGUUUGAUAUUGCUUAUGAACAGUAACUGUUCGCUACCAGUCAAUAUUGGAAAUCCAGAGGAGUACUCUAUCUCAGACUUUGCGCGUAUUAUAAAAGAUCUAGUCGGAAGUGAAAGCAGUAUAGUUAACAAGAGUUCGCAGGAAGAUGACCCACAGCAAAGAAGACCUGAUAUAUCGAGGGCCGCUAAAGAGUUGAAAUGGCAACCUCAGGUCGAUGCGAGAGUGGGCCUGAUAAAGACAAUAGAAUAUUUCCGUGAUGAAAUUAACGAACAUCGGCGGCUUUCUUCUGCAAACGAUGACUAA